CUGCAGUACUGCUGGUUCCCACUGAAUUUAAUCACAGCCUAUUUUAAUCUCACUGCGGAUCUAAACCGGAUUUUCUAAUGAUACGAGUGUAUAAGAAUAAGUUCUGGAGUCUUAUCUGCUAUGAGCGUGCAUGAUGGUCGCGCCCAUAGUCAAUACGGGGAUUCAGACGGCGAAGUAUUGCAAUGUGGCUGGUCUAGGAGUUUUGAUUUUUGACUAUUUUUUAACGCUCGAUUCUGAGAUUCGAUGGACAUGGAACAGGCGCUGGAACGCCAGUCGUUUUCUUUUCGUGAUUGCACGCUACAUGGCAUUUGUAGCUGCUGGCAUGACUUCAUAUGCUGCUAUUGCUACACGAGCGAACGAGGAUUGCUCGCAUUUCAGCUCGGCUUCAAAUGCAAUUCACAUCAUCAGUAUCGUAGCUGCUGAAGGUCUUUUGAUCAUUCGUACAUAUGCGUUCUGGAAACAGAGCAAAAGGCUCUUGGCAAUAUUACUGGUCUUGGCAGCAAUUUGCAUAGCGUGUGCUGUUAGUAUUACACAAGUUGUCGGUAAACUAGUAGCGGCGCCUGUAAAUCCUUCAGCUCCUCCCACAAGCAACUGCACUUUUGAAGCGGGUCGCAGCAGUGCCAUUCAAUACGGCUUUCUCGUGGCCUUCGAACUGGUGUUGAUGUCUUUAACGGUUUUCAAGAGAUAUCAAGACUACAGGAAUUGCAACGGCCGUCUAGUGAGAGCAGUCUUCCAGGGCGGAGUACGAUAUAUGACUGCCAUAAUUUUUGUUUCUGUGGCCAAUAUAGUGAUCAUGUCUGUAGUGCCGGCAUCGUAUGACGAGAUGAUGGAUGCGCCACAACUUGUCCUUCACAGCAUGCUGGCAUCCCGUGUGCUUUUUAAUCUGCACGAGAAUGACCAUAUGGACAUGGAAGGGUCGACAUUGCAGAUGUCGACAUUUUGUCCAGCUUAGGAUCA